AUGGAUUUCCGCCUGAUGGCCCGCAGCCUCCGCGCCAGACCAACACCAUUCCUUCAACAAACCCAAGCACUCCCCCGAUUCUCCCUUCUCAGCGUGCGCUACAACUCCUCCGACUCUUCAUCAAACACCCCAUCCCAACCACCAGCCACCGAAAGCAAACCAGAACAACCCAAGUCCGUCACAGACUUCGACGACAUCCUCACCAAGCUUGACCUCAACCAACGGCCACGGGACAACCAAAAUAGCCACCGAAUCUUCGCAGACUCUCUUUCCCGAGCCGUGGGCCAGGGAGCCCAGGGUGCUGCGCGUCUCCGUUCCCGCCCAGCUGCACCAGCUCGCAAGAUCGAGCUGAAGCUUGGACCUACGCUUGGUCGCCAGGCUCACGUUGAUCCCAACCGUGGUAACGACCUUGCCUCUGCCCUCCGUAAGCUUGGUCAGAAUCUUGCUACGAACAAGGUUCGUCAAGAAUCCGCCGCGCAGCGCUUCCACGUUCGCAAGGGUAUGGUGCGGAAGCAGAAGAAGAUGCAGCGCUGGAAGAAGCUCUUCAAGGUCUCGUUCCAGGGGACUGUGAAGAAGAUCCAGCGGAUGCAGGCGCAGGGCUGGUAG